UCUAUUGGCGGGAAAUUCCAAGCAAGCGAGCGAAGCAGUACCUUUUCAUAUAAACCGCUCUUCGACGACGGAGAAUCUAGAGAGAUGUACGGGAAUCAAUUCGACGGCAACGCUGCCUUCUCCGGCGGCGGCUUCAUGCCAUCACAGUCCACUCAGACUGCCGACCAUUCCUUUUCUCCGGCCAAAAAUCGGGAUACGCAAUCACUGCUUCCUCUGACGAUAAAGCAGAUUAACGACGCUUUUCUCUCUAGUGAUGACAAGUCUAACUUCCUUAUUGAUGGAGUUGUCGUCAGUAAUGUCAAAUUGGUUGGAUUGGUGUUUAACAAAGCUGAAAGGAUUACUGAUGUUUCCUUUGUCAUUGAUGACGGAACUGGCCGCAUUGACUGCAAUAGAUGGGUAAAUGAACCUGUAGACACUAAAGAAAUGGAGAACAUACUGGAUGGCAUGUAUGUUUCUAUUCAUGGACACCUGAAAGGAUUUCAGGGAAAAAGGCAAUUAGUUGUCUUCUCCAUCAGGCCAAUUGUAGACUUCAAUGCAAUUGCAUACCAUUUCAUUGAGUGUAUCUAUGUACAUUCUUACAACAUCAAAGUACAGAAGCAGCAACAGGGUGGUGGUGCCUCUUCCUCUUUCAAUAUGCAGAAUCCAGCGAUCAGUACCCCCUCAAUGGGGGGAUACCAAGCUGCACCAUCAAAUCAGUAUGGUGGAGGUGGAGGUGGUGGUUACAGUAAUGGACUGAAGGGCAUUGAUAAGAUGGUGAUUGAUUACCUACAACAACCUUCAUGCCUUGGUAGAGAAAAGGGUGUCCAUGUGAAUGAAAUUGGGCAACAGUUGAAUAUGACAGUAGAUAAUAUCAGGCAGUCGAUAAAGUGCCUUGAAGAAGAGGGUUUGGUUUACUCUACCAUUGAUGACUUCCAUUUCAAAUCCACUGGCAAUGGCUAAGACAGACAGACAGUAUGGUAACUUUGUUUUGCAAAAUGCUAUUAUUAUUAUUAUCAUUAUCAUUUUCUUAAACCCAAGUCUACAUUUUUUGUGUGUAGGAUUUAGAUUAUAUAUACCAGUUUCUUCUUUUUCCAGUUAAGAACUAAUUGUGUGAAACAAUGUUCGAACAGUUACUUCUUCUUUAUCUUUUUGAAAA